AUGGCUGAAGAAAGACAAUCUACCGAGUCGAAAGCACUACAAUGGAACGCCAAUGAUGAAACGUUAACUGCAUUCUUAGAUCGAUUGCAAGUAGAAUUAGAUGAUCGAGAAAUUAUCGAUAAUCAACAGUGUGUCUCCUGUUUAAUUCGAGCACUUCCACCUCUGAUACGAAAUGGACUGAAAGCCAUGUCCAAUGAUCAAGACGUAACACAGCAAGAUUACCAACAAGUUGUUGAAGAAAUCAAGCAGCAAUGCCUACCUCAAGCGCAACCCUCUAAAACGGUGUGGUGGCAUCGAGCACAACUCUAUCAACGAAAGCAAAGAUCCAAAGAAUCGAUUGAACAAUAUAAAAAUGUGCUAUUAACGCUUGCCAAACACUGCCAGCUCCAUUAUCAUCAAGAUAUGAUGUUGACCAUGGUAUUUAUAGCUGGCUUAAGAGAAAGAUCCAUUCGACGUCGUCUUCUCGAUUACCAACAAGAACUCAACUUUAUCAAAGUAGUCGAUUAUGCUUUAGAAAUUAAAGCAGAAAAAUCAGCCGUGGAGACUACACAAGAUAAUACGCGUAUCAAUCAUGACAGUGAUCAUCAUGAUGACCAUGCUGAAGUCGAUGAUAACAGUAAAAAUCCAAGAAGAAAUCGAAGGAGAGAAAAAAGACCACAGCAAGCGCGAAAUACCUAUCAUGAAUCCAAAAAGUCUUGCUAUCGUUGUGGAAGUUUCGCUCAUCUAGCUGCAAGUUGUACCUAUAGAAGACUAUAUUGCGACUGGUGUGGAAAGAAAGGCCAUAUAGUUCGUGAAUGUUAUGAAAAAAUGGACUAUGAUGACGAUUAUAACUAUUAUGAUUAA